AUUGAGUAAGGUGCAACGUGAACGUUCCUCAAAAAUUCAAUCCAGACAUCGAAGUGGUCGGAGUGGAAUGGUGAACGUACGGGAAGCUGUGAAAAAGGACCUCGAAGUUGCAGAUCCUCCCCGCCACCGUGUUUGGAUUAAAUCUCGCACCAAGAGUAGAAAACUUGUCACUGAUUACGACAAGGAAAUUGCCGAGAAGAUAGCUCAAUUAGAGGAGAAGCUUAGUCAGGGACAAAUUCAGGUCCAGGGCCAAAACGAUAUCCUCACGCAGGCGCUCGGGACACCAGAGCAUCCUGGACGUGUCAGGGCUGCUGGGUUCCUGACCAGGGCAUCUCAACUGUUCGGCAGGAAGAAAAGGGAAGUGUCUGAUGUUGUGGCUCGGCAAGCGAAGGAGAUUGAACAAUUAAAAGCCGAAGUCCAAUCCCUUAAGCAGCAGAGGAACGCUGCCGAACAAGAGGAAGAAGGAGAGGUGGCUGGUGAGGGUAUUUGUACGAGCAUGCGGCCCUUAAUCAGCAAGUACAUCUCUGCUCUGACAACAUCGACAAUAUUGUGGCCCGAGGGUAUUUGUACGAGCAUGUGGGUAAGAUCAAAGUUCACUGCCAGGAUUACGAUGAUUCACAUGCUCGGAUCAUGGUUUCGGAAAUCCUGCAAGAGGACGCUGAAAUCCCAGUCCCAAUUGAAGAGUUCAGAUAUGUUAGGGACGUGUACCAGAUGUUCCAUCCUUGGCCUAAACACUUAAUUUUAACAACCGAGGGUCCACUCGCUCAACCGCCCUCAAGACGUGAUGCGUCAAAGGGGAAAGCUCCGAUGCUUUCUCCACAAAGCCGUGGUGCACGGGAAGAUGAGUUGUUCACGGAAGAGAAGAUGGCGUUGAUCCCUAAUUCGCUAAAAUGGAUGAUUCAUGAAUUCCUAAGGCUCAAAGAUAAACGUGAUAUAAUCACAAUUUCUGUCCCCCGAGGAUUCAUUGCACCGCGUACCCAGAUCAUUUUAUCUGGAGAGGAUUUGCAGCAGGUUGCUACGUGUAACUACAUCGGCAACCAGGGAAUGCUGUUUGGAAUGAUGUAUACUCUUCUUUAAUCUAAUUAACCUUAUAUCAAAUUAUAGUUAAAUUAUUAUAAGGCACUAACACUUUUUUUUGGCAGGCACAUAUGGGAGAGCAUCAACGGUCUGAGAAAAAUUUUCAAGUUUUACGACCCAGAGCUUCUCACAGUGCAUGGGAUCAGCGAUGAAGAACAGAGUCAGUCUUUUGACGAUGCGGCAAGACGAUUGGCUAAUUGGUUAUCAUUAAUGAACAGCAACCACCAAAUGUUCUUUAUUCCUUGGAAUCUC